AUGAUCACCAAAUUCAUGACCGAGGUGACCGCCAAGUUCAACCCCUUCUCCGCCUGCGCGAAGCCAGCUCGCCUCUUUCUCACUCAGCUUCCCCCGACUGCGCGGUCGAUGGGCGUCAAGAUCAACUCGACUGUUCUUCCCCGGACGGCAAAGGAACCUAGCUCUCUCUAUGUGAAAUUCAAGGACGGCAAGGAGAUGAACUUUCAGUGCGACAAGAUCACCAUCACCGGCCUCGUCAACGAAUGCGACCGGCACUCUCGAUCACUGCAGAAGAAGGAGGACCUCGAGGACUAG